AUGGAGAACGAAACUCUUAGACAGAGGCAUAAGGCUGUACAAGCCGAUUCCGCUAUUGGGAAGGUAGGAGAUGCGGUGGAAGAGCACCCAGGCGGACACGUCAAGCAUGGAGGACCCAAACAACUUUGGCGGUUGUUAUUAGUCCUCACAUACACCUUUUCAUCAUGCGUUUCGAUUGUUGCCACUCAGUGUUUUGGGGCACCAUUGUACUUGUUUAGCAAAGACCUUUAUUAUGCCUACAUGGCACUCACAAAACAGUCUUUCGGAGUCUUCGUUACGACCUUGACACAAUGGUGGACUCCGACUCUCGUACGAAUAAGUGGUGAUGCCUCGGUAGCCGGACAGCUGCGGAAGACCCCAGAUGGGAGAGCAGAGUGCCUCUUCCCGGAUAGAAUGGUCUUGAUAGCGAACCAUCAGCUGUACUCCGACUGGUUGUAUCUCUGGUGGAUCGCAUACACCAACCAGCCCAGAAUGCACGGUCAUAUCUUCAUUAUUCUGAAGGAAUCCUUGAAAUACGUUCCAAUCAUUGGAUGGGGUAUGAUGUUUUACGGCUUUAUAUUCAUGUCACGGAAGAUGUCGACGGAUCAACCGCGACUGGCGCAUCGAUUGCAGAAAUUAAGAGCGCGACAUGCGGGUCCGAUGUCUGGAUCGGAAGGACUAGACCCUAUGUGGCUUUUGAUCUUCCCGGAAGGAACCAAUGCAAGUGAUAAUGGGAGGAAGAAGAGCGCCGCAUGGGCUGAGAAGAUAGGGAUCAAAGAUAUGGAGCAUGUUCUUGUCCCGAGAAGUACCGGAUCAUUUUUCUGCUUGAACGAGCUCAAAGGAACCGUGGAUUAUGUUUACGACUGCACAUUGGCUUAUGAGGGGAUUCCGAGAGGAAAAUUCGGUCAGGAUUACUACACACUAAGGUCCAUGUACCUUCGAGGUCAACCUCCGCCUUCAGUCAAUAUGUAUUGGCGAAGAUUUGCGGUGAAAGACAUACCGCUUGACAAUAGCGAGGAGUUCGAUUUAUGGUUGCGAGAGAAGUGGUACGAAAAAGAUGCUAUCAUGGAAGAGUACAUGACAACAGGUCGAUUCCCAGCCAGCGCGGAGGCAAUAGAUGGAGCUGGAGAAGACAAGGGGGGUUAUAUUGAGACCGAGGUGAAAUUAGCGCACUGGUGGGAAGUGGCAAAUAUCUUUGGGGUUUUGGUUGCUAUUGCAUUGGGCUUCAAUCUGCUUUCGAGAGUUUGGACUUGGGCGGUUUAUGGAACGGGCUGA